AUGAUUGAUGUAUGGGAGAGUGAUGAGUGUGAGCGCGCUAUGGCUGUGUUGGGUCCGGGGAAGACGCCUUUCAAUGUCGGCAAUGCACAAAAGGUUAUUGAUAUUAACACGUUCCACAACCGUGCCGGCCACUUGUCCGAACCCAUUUUGAGGCUGUCCGCGAAGCAGCACGGGAUUACCCUCACGGGCACGAUGGACAGCUGUCGAUGGUGCUUGCCGGCGCGUGGGACGAGGGCGCCGGUGCCGAAGCAGGGAGGCGGGUACCGCGGCAAGAGGGCGCCGAACGACGUGUUCCACAUCGACCUCUGCGGCGCGUACACAGCCACCAUCGGCGGCAACCACAACAUGCUAAUCGGUGUGGACGCCGCCACGGGAUGGAUGGUCUGCUACGCCAUGCGGCGUAAGUCGGAGGCGCCGGCGGUCGUCAAGCGCAUGGUCGUGGAUGCCGCCCACAAGGCUGGCACCGCGAUCAAGUGCAUCCGCUGCGACUGCGAUGCCCUCUGGACCAGCGGCGACUUCAAGGAGUUCUGUGCCAGCAUGGGGAUCGCGCUCAAGUACUCCCCUCCCGGAGUGCAGCAGUACAACGGCGUCGUCGAGAGCGCCAUCCAGCGGUGUCACAAGGUGACCAAGGCAUCCCGCCGGGCCGCCCAGGAGCUGCUUGGCCCCGCAGGAUUUUCUCGUGUCCGCGGACUGAGUGUGCGUGGAGAUGAGCUCUGGGCGGAGUCCGAAAAAGACGCCGCGCAGAAGCUGAACCAGUCAGCAUCUCCUUCCAACCCCGGGGGUGCGUUUCCACAGGAACUCUACACCGCCAAGGGAGGCCCUUUUCGCUUGAUCCCGUUCUUCCAGCACGGUUUCAUGUGGGAGCGGCCGGCGACGAGAAUGGACGACAGCGCCGUGCCGUGUUUUUUCCUCAACGCCGGGGACAACCACGCCGACGUCACGGUUAAGGUGCUUCAGGAGAAGACCGCCCACGUGUGCUACACCUCCAAUGUGGCGUGGGCGGCGCUCCCGGGUGCAAUGCUUCAUCAACCCCCCCGCGGGAACUCUACCCACGCCCCAGCAUCUGCCCUUCGAGAUCGUCGCUUCGCCACCGCCUGCUGUUGCUGCCGCCGGACCGUCGCCGUCGCGGCCGCCUCCGGGGCCUGCGUUGUAGCCCGCGCCUUCGCCUGGUGCUGCCGCUCCGCCGCUCCCGAGGCCGCCCGCGUCAUCGACAUCCGCCGUCCCACCGCCGCCCGCUGCUACUGCAGCCGCCGGACCGUCGUCGUCGCCGCCGCCUCCGGGGCCCGCGUUGUGGCCCUCGCCUUCGCCUGGUGCUGCCGCUCCGCCGCUCCCGAGGCCACGCGCGUCAUCGACAUCCACCGUCCCACCGCCGCCGGCUGCUGCUUCCGCCGCCGGAACGUCGUCGUCGCCGCCGCCUCCGGGUUCUGCGCCGCUGUCUCCGUCGCCGCCGCUCCCGGACUGGUCGUGCUCAUCCAUCGAGGCUCAGCAGUCCCCGCGGCAACCGCACCAAGACGGGCGGGUCAGACAGUCGGCAACCGCACGGGGCUUUCUGCCCUAUCGGUGGACCAGCAGUUCCCAUCACUUCAGGAUGAGGCCGUCACCACGCCUCUCCCUCCGACCGAGAUCACCAUGGGGCUGCUGGCUCAAGCAAACGAAGACGUCCUCCUCUCCAUGCUGGAUGCUCGGCGAGUCAUGAACGGCAAGACCAUGCUCCGGCCAGGAUUGGAGGGGGGCGGCGAGCAGGGGGGCGGAGGCGAGCAGCUCGCGAGUGAGGGCGUGGGAGAGAGCAAGGGCGAGUUGCCGGAGGUGGACACCGGAGAGGAGGGAUGCAUGGGGAAUGGUCGGUCGGUCCUUCUGAGUGGGGCGUUCCGCUCGGACUGUGGCGCGUCUUGCGACGCGCGACGACCUCGACUCAGCUGUGCACGAGAUGGAGCCGCCUCUCCUGCGACUAGACAUGCCGCGCUGCCAUGCCAAGGACCUCCGAGUACCCUAGACUUUCAAAGAGGCGAAGCAGAGCGAGCACAGCGAGCAGUUCAUGGAUGCGGCCAAGCGUGGGGUUUUGGAUCACAAGAAGCAGAUGCGUUUAAGAUUGUUGGACCGUAG